UGACACCCCUUCCUACACCCAGAAGGACCCAAAAAAAACAAAAAAAACAAAAAAAUUCCCACUCUGUCCAAUUCACAAAUUUUUUCUCUUAUUUUCCUCAUUCCCAAACACAAGCCCCAAUAUGGUUUUCUCUAAGGAAGAAAGUUUGGUCUAUGGUUUCAAGCUUUCCUCAGUGGGACCAGGCAAAGUAAGUGGUACAGAUGUGGUUCAUGAGCUAAGUAGCAUGGACUUGGCCAUGAAGCUUCACUAUCUUAGAGGUGUUUACUUCUUUGAUAGCCAAGCAGUCCAAGGGCUAACCAUUCAUCAUAUUAAGGAAACCAUGUUUACUUGGUUCAAUGAGUACUAUCACACCUGCGGGAGGUUUAGAAGAUCAGAUGGUGGGAGACCAUAUAUCAAGUGUAACGAUUGUGGGGCCAGGUUCAUUGAAGCUCAAUGUGAUAGAACCAUUGAUGAAUGGCUAGGGAUGAAGGAUUGGUCUUCUCUUCAGAACUUGCUUGUUUCUCAGCAAGUUAUUGGUCCUGAACUCUCAUUCUCUCCCCCAGUUCUCUUGCAGAUAACAUACUUCAAAUGUGGAGGUUUAGCAUUUGGCCUAAGCUGGGCACAUGUACUUGGAGAUGCAUUCUCGGCCAUAGAUUUCAUCAACAGAUGGGGCCAAAUCAUGGCUCUUUAUCAACCAAAUGCUCCCCCACCGAACACAGAGCUAGAAAAUUUUGAAAACUCACCAGGAAUUGCCAAAGAAUUACCACUUUCAUUGAAACGGGUCGACCCGGUUGGUGACCAUUGGAUCACUCCCAAUAACUCAAAGAUGGAGUUGUUUUCAUUCACCAUCACACCCAGCCAGAUAACCCACUUCCAAAUGAAAGUAAUGGGUCCAAUUUUUGAGUCUCUCUGUGCUAUAAUUUGGAAAUCCAUAGCCACAAUCAGACAAGAUGGUUCUGAACCCAAAACUGUUUCAAUAUGCAAAAAUGAUCACAAAAAGCACAAGAGUGGGAAGCUAAGCAACAGUCUGACAAUAAGCACGGUUAAAACUGAUAUCUCUGUUCCUGAUGCAGAUCCAAACAAAUUGGCAAAAUUUCUUGUUGAUCAAGCUAUAGAUGAGACAACCCAGAUUAAAGAAGCUGUAGAGAAAGAUCAGGGAGUUUCUGAUUUCGUUGUUUAUGGAGCAAAUCUGACAUUUGUGGACUUCCAAGAAGCUGAUCUGUAUGGAUUGGAAUUCCAAGGACAUAAACCAAUAUUUGCUAGUUAUACUAUUCAAGGUGUUGGUGAUAAAGGUGUUGUUCUUGUGCUUCCAGGGCCUCCUAUAGGUUCUGGCAAAAAUGGUGGCGAUGGAAUAUUGGUGACAGUAAUUUUGCCAGAAGGUGAAAUUUUGGAGCUCAAAUCUGAGCUGAGAAAGAAUGAUUUACUGCUUGAGAAUACCAUUGAAUGAGGUGAAAUGUGUGAGUGUGAUGAGGCUAUGAAUAGGCUUCAUUUGAUAUGUACUUUAUGGCUCUGGCAUAUAUAUGUUCCAACUCUA